AUGCCUACUAAAUCAAAAAAAAAAUUAGGGAAUGGUUCAUUUGGUAGUGUAUACUUAGUAUAAGAUAUUAAAAGUAACUAGGAAUUUGCUUGUAAAAUUGUAUUUGAUAUUAUAUUUAUUUUAGAUCUCUAAAUGUAUGUUGAAUAAAUAUUAAGCUGAGGGGAUGGUAAGAUAAGAGAUUCAAAUUCAAUCAAGUAUCAACAACAGAAAUAUAGUAAAAGUGUUUCAUUCAUUUGAAGAUAAUAAAAACAUCUACAUGAUUUUGGAAUAUUGUAAGUAGGGACAAUUGCAAAUCCCCUCAUAAGCAUAUACAAAUAAAAAAUUAAUCUAAUUCCUUAAUUAAAUGCUUAAUGCUCUUGAUUCUAUUCAUUAAAUGAAUCUUGUGCAUAGAGAUAUCAAAGUAAGUAACAUCUCCCCAAUUCUAGUUAGACAAUAUCCUUGUACAUGAGGAUGAUGAAACUUACAAACUAUCAGACUUUGGAUGGGCCACCCAAAUUUCUUAAAUUAAACCAAUACUUUGUGGUACAUUUAAUAUAUUAUUUUAUAAUACAAUUUAUUAUAAAUAAUUAGAAAGUACUACCGAGUAUAUGCCUCCAGAAGUUGUUAAUAAUCAAAUUCAUGACUAAAAGGUUGAAUCAUCGUCAUUAGGAAUAGUUCUUUAUGUAUUAAGAUAUUAUUACCUAUUUUAGAUUCUAAAUCAUUGUAAAAAACAUUUUAGUGCUAAAACAGAGCGUGAAUUAAUUAAAUAAAUUUCUGGAAAUGAAAUCAGUAUUGAUUCUUCAUAAGAUGAAAAUCUAUAAAUCUUGAUUUAAGCAUUGCUUACUGCAGAUUCUGUUUAUAGACCUAAGAUAUAAUAACUUUAUUUUAGUAAAUGGAUUAAAUUUUAAAUGAAAUAUCACAAUAUCUUCAAUAGAUAUGAACAUGAAAAGUUAAAGAAUAAAUUUAUUAAUCAAAAGAUUGAAAUCAAAUCUGUUGAUAAUUGGUAAUUCAAUUAUAUUAUUUUAGUGCCCUCUAAUAAAGAAAAAGGAAUUCAAUAAUUUAAGAUUAUUCUUCAUUUCAUAGCUUAAGUAUUAUAAAAUUAAUUAAAAUAUUUAUAUAAAUAUAUAUAAAUAUUAUAAAUAUUAAUAAUAUAGUCAGUCGAACAGAUUUUAAUUAAUUUUUAUCAUAAUUUUAAUGA